ACAGCGGGCCGCGCAAUGGAUGUUGGGAAGCGGGAGGGAACGUUCAAACCGAACCUUCGCCAACAGGGCUGCGAGAGGGAGAAAAAGAAGGACGAGCGGGGCGGCCUCGGCGAGAUGAAGGCGGCCGCGAAAAGCAAAACUCCAAGGAAGCCUGGACAGAAAAAUGGAUCUAGCAACAAUUUGAAGGACCCUGUUGGGGUGUACUGCCGGCUGCGCCCACUCAGUGUGCCAGACCAAGAAUGCUGCGUAAAAGUGAUCAAUACCACAACAGUCCAGGUUCACCCACCAGAUGGAUACCGAAUUUUCCGCAAUGGGGAGUAUAAGGAGGUUCAAUAUUCAUUCAAAGAGGUUUUUAAUAUCGGUGGGACUCAGAAACAUGUGUUUGACGUUGUUGCCAAACCUCUAGUGGAUGAUCUGAUUCAUGGGAAAAAUGGCCUCCUUUUUACAUACGGUGUCACUGGGAGUGGGAAAACUUACACCAUGACUGGUUCUCCUGGUGACGGUGGCCUGCUUCCUCGCUGCUUAGACAUGAUCUUCAACAGCAUAGGAUCUCUGCAGGCCAAACGAUACGUGUUCAAGCUGGAUGAUAAGAAUGGGGUUGAGGUGCAGUGUGAUGUCGAUGCUUUACUUGAACGUCAGAAACGAGAAGUUUUUCAGACUCCAAAAACUCCAUCUAGCAACAGGCGGCAAAUUGACCCUGAAAUAGCUGAUAUGAUCAAUGUCCAAAACAACUGCAAAGCGGAAGAAGUUGAUGAAGACAAUGUUUACAGUGUGUUUGUCUCCUACAUUGAGAUCUAUAACAACUACAUCUAUGACCUUUUGGAUGAAGGGCCAUUUGACCCCAUCAAACCAAAGUGGAGCAGCUGUGGCACUCCCGUGCGAAGUGCUGACUUUAUACUUCCCCAGUCCAAAAUUCUCCGCGAGGAUCAGAACCACAACAUGUAUGUUGCAGGAUGCACGGAGGUGGAAGUCAAAUCCACAGAAGAAGCUUUUGAAGUCUUCUGGAGAGGCCAAAAGAAGAGGCGCAUUGCAAACACUCAGCUCAAUCGCGAAUCCAGCCGUUCCCAUAGUGUGUUCCUGAUCAAACUGGCCCAGGCGCCACUUGAUGCCAGUGGGGAUAAUGUUCUACAGGACAGGGAGCUGAUAACCUUCAGCCAGUUAUCUUUGGUUGACUUAGCAGGGAGUGAGAGAACAAACAGAACCAAAGCAGAAGGGAACAGACUACGGGAAGCAGGUAAUAUUAACCAGUCCCUAAUGACGCUGAGGACCUGUAUUGAAGCUCUGCGGGAGAACCAAACUUAUGGGACCAACAAGAUGGUCCCUUAUCGAGACUCUAAACUAACCCAUCUCUUCAAGAACUACUUUGAUGGAGAAGGCAAAGUGCGCAUGAUAGUCUGUGUGAACCCAAAGGCUGAAGACUACGAUGAGAGUUUGCAAGUCCUGCGAUUCGCAGAGCUCACCCAAGAAGUAGAGGUUGCGAGGCCUGCUGAGAAGCCAGUCUGCGGCUUGAUCCCUGGUCGACGGUUUAAGAACCAGGCCUUUCGGGAGGAGCUCUCACGGCAGCUGGAAAUCCGAGGUGGACCGAUUGAUGGAGAUCGGGAGCGGUCUAUCACAGAGGUGCUGCUGCAAAAUUUCCCCCCAAUGUCUUCCUGCGAGCUUCUGGACAUCCAUGAUGACCAGACCCUUCCUCGACUGAUUGAAGUGCUUGAGAAACGGCAUCGCAUCCGGCAGAUGCUGUCGGAAGAGUUCAGCAAAAAUGUGCAUUCUGUCAAAGGGAUGCUUCAGGAGCUUGACUCCAGUAUCGUCUCCAAGGAGAACUAUGCACAAGUUAAAAUGGCCGAGAGAGACAAAUUUAUAGCAGCCCAGAAAACUGAGAUCGAACGCCUAGAAAAGAAAGCAAAAACUCUGGAAUACAAGAUCGAGAUCUUGGAGAAAACGACAACAAUUUACGAAGAGGAGAAGCGCAACUUGCAGCAGGAGCUGGAAAGCAAGAGCCAGAAGCUGCAGAGACAAGUUUCUGACAAGCGCCGCCUUGAAGCACGGUUGCAAGGCAUGGUGACGGAGACAACAAUGAAGUGGGAGAAGGAAUGCGAGCGGCGGGUGGCAGCCAAGCAGCUGGAGAUGCAGAACAAGCUCUGGGUGAAAGAUGAAAAACUGAAGCAGCUGAAAGCCAUUGUCACGGAACCCAAGGGCAGCAAACCGGAGCGGCCCUCUCGGGAGAAGGAUCGGGAGAAGCCCCUGCAGAGGUCCCUGUCGCCUCCCCCAGUCCCUUUUUCUAGUCCCUGUGUCACUCAGCUCCCUAACACCACCAACUUGCCUGCCGCAAGCCAGCCACAGCUGCACAGGCGUUCCAACUCCUGCAGCAGCAUUUCGGUGGCCUCCUGCAUCUCGGAAUGGGAGCAGAGGACGCCUACUCAGAGCAGCAAGCACCCCGGCGGUGGUGGCAGUGGCGUGCCCAAAGGCAGGAGUAGACCUCAGGAGCUCCAGCAAGCUAGGCACUGUGCCAUGUCAGACAGAAGGCGAGGCAUGUGCUGGACCGGUGCCCUCGAGGUCCCCAGCGGUAGAGAGGCUCUAGAGGUAGAAGAGGACCUGUGCUGCAGGAAUGCUCCACCAGUUCGCAUCCGGCACAGGCGCUCUCGUUCAGCUGGGGAGAGAUGGGUGGACCACAAGCCUCCCUCCAAUGUCCAGACCGAGACAGUCAUGCAGCCCCACGUCCCCCACUCCAUCACAGUGGCGGCUGCCAAUGAGAAGGCCCUGGCCAAGUGCGACAAGUACAUGCUGACCCACCAGGAGCUGGCUUCUGACGGGGAGAUUGAGACAAAGCUCAUCAAGGGUGAUGUUUACAAGACCAGAGGAGGUGGCCAGGCAGUCCAGUUCACAGAGAUAGAGACCCUGAAGCAAGAGUCUCCAACAGGCCGCAAGCGAAGAUCGUCUCCCUCCAGCCGUUCACCUGCAGAGGAGGGUACAGAGUCUGAGUGGACAGAUGUAGAAACAAGAUGUUCUGUCGCAGUGGAGAUGAAGGCAGGCUCUCACCUGGGGCCUGGAUACCAGCACCACGCUCAGCCCAAGCGCAGAAAACCAUGAACUAUUGGAGAUUCCUCCUAGGACUUCUUUGGCAAAGGGUUUAUUUGCAGGCCUACAUAUGCUAGGCAAGGAAAGAGCCAAAUAUAUAAUAAAAGUACAUUUUUUUUCUUUUGGCUCUCUUCUGUUGUGGCAUUGAAGAAGACAACCUUGUUUUGUUCUAUUACCUCUUGACUGGAUAUAAGACUCCCUUGCAUAGGGCUCAGCUGUGUUCCUUGCCACCUUUUUUUUGUCUUCUUAUGGGUAUUUUUAUGAGACUGUAUUAAAAAUGUGCUGCUAUUUAUUUAGCUGUCCUGAUGCACUUUAGAAUGAUCUUGACGCCUGUUUAGAAUGGCAGUCCUGCCCAAGCUUUCAGCUGGGAAUGGCUUUGUCCUUAGACUGGGAGCAUCUGUGCCCCUGCAAACCAGUGGAGAAGGCCUUCUCCUGCCAAUGUAUUCUGAGCAGUGGGAAGGAUGGGGCUCUCGGCGCUGGCUACCUUCUCUCUUUGCUUUGUUUGCUAUGCAUGAUUGUAACGGGGCACGAUGAGUAGACAACUGUGUAGGAAGGCGACUAUAUUCACGUGCGAUAUAUAUGUAUAUUUUAAAGGGCUGGAUUUGUCAAUAAAUUUUCACAGCAUCUUGCA